GUGAAAUGUAGGAGGAAUAGUCCAGCGCUGCGUGUUUCUCUGAGCCUUCACGCUGUUUCCGCUCAUCUUCUCACAGGUUCGCGUCUAUGAAUACACUUGGGAACACUGCCAUAACUUACCCUGGUCUCGCCCCAGCAGGUAGGUUGCAAUCCAUAUUUUAGCAUCCGAGCCCAUCUCAUAAAAGCCGCCUUUUCGUCGACGUCUCCUCAGACGCUCACACCGACCUAUGGCCGCCAAAUCAGACGUGUCAUUCUCGUUUGGCGUGAAUAACGCGUACAUCAUGCGCGCGGGGAGACAUUUUGCCGGGAGCGACGACCCGCCGCUGCCCACCGAACUUCUCCGCAUUCUCACCGACAAGUCCCACCCGCAGUACCACGCGCGCAUGCUCGACGUUGCGCUCCCGCUCGACGAUGCGGGGUACUAUAUGCUUUCCUGGGAGGCAACCACAGGGAAGAGCUGGCUCGAGCGAGACGCGAUGGGCAGCGCCUACCCGCGGCUGCACAGCUUCAUGCGCUUCGGCACGACGUACAACACCGCCUUCGGGCCCGAUCGGUCCUUCUUCUCCGCAUCCCCUGCGGGGUACGCGGCACAGAACCUGCCGCCGGGGCUGGAGACAGGCAUCACGGAGUCCGCGGCGACGCGCCACCCUGUGUGCGUGGCGCUGGGCCGGGAGGGCACGUAUGCGGUGGUGUACAGCAACGGGAGCUAUGCGUGGCAGCUCGCGCUGGGCGGCGACUCGGGAUCCGGCAAGACAUUAUAUCCGGAGCUGGAGAAGAUGUUCGAGAAGGACGCGCAGGGGGAGAGCGAGGCGCAGCGGCGGAAGGGCCUAAAGUACAUCGCCUUGGACCCCAACAGCACGACGCAAUUCUUCGCGCUGUUCAACGACGACUCGGUGUGGUGGGACCUUCCGCAGGCAUGGUUCAAAGACAUUGAGGCGGCGUUGAGCGGCUGGCGCGCGACGCGCACGAGCACGCCCGGGCCGGCGGCCGAUGGUGCCACCAAGUCCCGGAAGUGGCAUGAUCUGCAUGCGGAGGACGUCAGCGAGUUCGUGGAGGGCUUCAAGGAGGGUGUGGAGAUGGUCAGUAACGUGCUGAGUAUUGCGGGUCAGAUGAACGGGAGUGGAUGA